GCGCCGCCGCCGCCGCGCUCGGCCUCUUCCCGCACGCCGGCUCGGCGGAGCAGCGGCUCGGCGGAGCCCUGUUGUACAGAAUUUCAAGAUGAGUGAUACUUCUGAAGCUGUUCCAAACUUUGAAGAGAUGUUUGCAAGUAGAUUCACAGAAGAUGACAAGGAGUACCAGGAGUACUUGAAACGCCCUCCUGAAUCUCCUCCAAUCGUUGAGGAAUGGAAUAGCCGAGCUGGUGGGAACCAGAGAAAUAGAGGCCACUGGUUGCAAGACAACAGGCAGUUUAGAGGUAGGGAUAACAGACGGGGAUGGCCAAGUGACAACCGAUCGAAUCAGUGGCAUGGAAGAUCUUGGGGUAAUAGUUACCCACAGCAUAGACAAGAACCUUACUAUCCACAACAGUAUGGACAAUAUGGUCACAACCAGCGGCCUCCAUAUGGUUACUACUGAAAUGUCAGCAGGUUCUAACUACUUUGUUAUAAACAUGCUCAAAGCUUGUGUGUCAUCUGUGAUCAUAGCUUUCAUCAUAUUUUUGAGACUGGUUAAUUUUUAGAACUUGAAAUUAAAAAAAAAUCUUACUGAAGAGAUGUGAUUGUUUCUGGGAAUAAAUCUCCCCUAUCCUCCACCCAACUAAAAGGUGCACUGUAUUGUUUGGACUUCUACUUUAUGUACUUCUUUGUUUCAUGACUUAGUAGUGCUUUAAAGUUGGUGUAUUUUCCUUGUUUGGCCUCUAGAAGUUCUGUCUUUAACACAUAAAUAAAAACCUUAAAGUAGAAAA